ACAAAAAAUGAUAGUAUAAUAAGUUUAUAAAAGGAAAGAUUCUCUCACGUAAUAAACAUUGUGAAACACUCUAAUAGGAAUACGUAACAAACAAAAAGAAACAGAGGGAGUACCUUUUACCAGAUUUCUUUUUGGGUAAAUAUACUCAUUUAAAACACGAUUAUUAUUUCUUAUAUAAGGAGCUGUAGAUGCAUACUCUGUGUCGAUGUAACCCUAACGAAGUACUUCCUCCGUUCCACAAUAGAUGUAUCAUUUCUCAUUUGCGCACUAUUCAUCAAUCAAUUUUAACAACAUUUCUUUCACUGUUGUGUACUCCAUAAGAAAAAAUAUAGUCAAGUGAGAUCCUGUUAAAUUCGUAUUAAUGCAAAGAUUUCAAAUAUCAACUUUUUAUAAUUUUUAUUUACACGCUUUUAGAGGUAUUAAUGUUUAAAUAAGCGCAUUGACAUACGUGCAAUGAGAAAUGAUGGCAUCUAUUGUGGAACGGAAGAAGUAUUAGAAAGUACUCCCUCGCUUAUUCACUUUAGGUAAAGUCGUUAAUUUCAGUUAAGAGCUAAAACCGUUUUUCAAAUUAUACGCCCGCCAUAACCAUCUGCUACUCGAUCUGCUACCUCAAUAUCUGGAAUCAAACCAUGCGUUUCAAGUUACCCAGUAACAUCUCACCCCAACUCGGAGAAAACCUCCUUAAACCCAUUCUAAACUCGGGCGAUUUAACUCGUGCACGCCAACUGUUCGACAAAAUUCCUGAACCAAAUCUACAUUCUUGGACAAACUUGAUUUCUGCAUACACAAAGCAAGGUCUUCCAAACGAAGCAAUCAAUCUGUAUUCUCUAUUCAGGAAGAAGAACGACAUUCAUCUUCCUCCUGAUAGGAUACUCCUUCUAUCAGUUAUCAAAGCUUGUGCUGCAUUUGCUGAUCUUACAAAAGCGAAAGAGAUUCAUGAAGAUGCAGUUACAUAUCGAUUUGUAUCUGAUCUUAAUGUGGGGAAUGCUUUGAUUAAUAUGUAUGGGAAAUGCAAGUUCUGUGAAGGUGCUCAAUCUGUUUUUGAUGGGUUGCCAUUCAAGGAUGUUAUUUCUUGGACCUCAUUGUUAUCAAGCUAUGUAAAUUCUGGGUUUUUUAGGGAGGGUUUGGUGACAUUUCGUGAAAUGGGGUUGAAUGGAUUGAGGCCGAAUGCUGUGACCGUGUCUUCGAUUCUUCCUGCUUGUUCUGAAUUGAAGUGGUUCAAUUCAGGUAGACAGAUUCAUGGGUAUGUUGUGAAAGAUGGGGUUGGAGAAAAUGCAUUUGUUACUAGUGCACUUGUUGACAUGUAUGCAAGCUGCUCGUGUUUGAAAGAGGCACAGUUGGUAUUUGAUCAUAUGCUUGUACGUGACAUCGUCUCUUGGAAUGUUAUCCUAUCAGCUUAUUUCUUGAAUGGGGAGUCCGAAAUGGCUCUUAGCCUAUUUGAUGAAAUGAGAACACAAGAAGUGACAUUGAACUAUGAUUCAUGGAAUACCGCGAUUGGUGGGUGUGUUCAAAAUGGAGAGAACACACAAGCUCUUGAAUUGCUUAUCCAAAUGCAAAUUAAAGGGCUUAAACCGAAUCACAUUACCAUAACUAGCGUUUUACCUGCAUGCUCGAAUUUAGAGAGUUUAAGGAAAGGAAAAGAGAUUCAUGCAUACAUAUUCAGGAAUAAGACUUUUUCUGACAUGACAACUACAACAGCCUUGGUGUAUAUGUAUGCUAAAUGUGGUGAGCUUGAGAUUUCGAGUCAAAUAUUCAAUAUGAUGCCUAGAAAAGAUGCUAUAGCUUGGAAUACCAUGAUUAUUUCAAACUCCAUGCAUGGGAAAGGGGAUGAAGCUUUGUUGCUCUUCAAGAAUAUGAUAAUUUCUGGUGUUAAACCAAAUUCUGUUACCUUUACAGGAGUUCUUUCUGGUUGUAGUCACUCAAGGCUUGUUGAUGAAGGUAUUCAAGUUUUUCAUUCGAUGAGAGAUUACUUCAUUGAACCCGAUGCAGAUCAUUAUUCUAGUUUAGUUGAUUUACUUAGUCGUGCUGGUCAACUCGAAGAGGCUUAUGAACAUAUUCAGAAAAUGCCCAUGAAAGCUACUGCUGGUGCAUGGGGUGCUUUACUUGGUGGUUGUAGAGUGUAUAAGAAUGUUGAUUUGGCACGAAUUGCUGCAAAGAAUCUGUUUGAGAUUGAACCUGAUAAUCCUGGAAACUAUGUUUUAUUGUCUAACAUAUUUGUUGCUGGUAAACUGUGGGGGGAAGCUUCUAAAUAUAGGAAGAUAAUGGAAGAAAAGGGGAUGUCAAAACCACCCGGUUGUAGUUGGAUUCAGGUCAAGAACAAAGUUUACACAUUUGCAGUUGGUGAUAAGAGUAAUGAACAGAGUGAUGAGAUAACCAAAUUCUUAAAUGAUAUCAGAUAUAAGGUAAGAUUGGCCGGGUAUUUUCCAAAUACUGAUUUUGUUCUGCAAGAUCUGGAUCAAGAAGAGAAAGAGGAAGUCUUGUGCAAUCAUAGCGAGAAGCUAGCAGUUGCUUUUGGGUUACUGAACUUGAACGGGGAAUCUUCAAUUCGCGUGUUCAAGAAUUUGAGAAUAUGUGGCGACUGUCAUAAUUUCAUUAAAUUCACAGCCAAGGUUGUUGGCAUACAGAUAAUUGUUAGAGAUUCCUUGAGAUUUCACCAUUUCAAGGAAGGUUUAUGUUCUUGUCGAGACUUUUGGUGAGCAAAGAAAAGUAUUUGGUGUAUGAAAUGAGGAUGCAAUCUAUCUGUGGUGGUACCAUGUUAGUCAUGCAGUUUGAUACACAGUUAUAAUGCUGUCUAGCGUCUGGGAAACUUGAUUCCUGUUGCUGAUAAGCAUUGCAGGCACAACUGAUGAAAUGAAAAUGCUGCUCAAAAUGGACAGAUAUUACAGGGGAGAAAGAGAUUCAAUCAAGUUCGAGGAUUU